GUCACAGCCCUGUCUCACCACUCUUAAAAGGCUACUGCAGCCACUCCAAGCACAGUUGCUGGUCUGCCUGCCCACUUGCCUCACUGCCUGCUUCUGGCAGCUUUGCAUGCCUGAUUCUCCAAGCUCCUUGCCUGUCUGACACAGCAGGGACCAUGUCUACCUUCGGCUAUAGAAGAGGACUGAGUAAAUAUGAAUCCAUCGAUGAGGAUGAGCUCCUCGCCUCCCUGUCUGCAGAGGAGCUGAAGGAGCUGGAGCAAGAGUUGGAAGACAUUGAACCUGAUCGCAACCUCCCUGUGGGCCUAAGGCAAAAGAGUCUCACGGAGAAAACCCCCACGGGGACCUUCAGCAGAGAGGCACUGAUGGCCUAUUGGGAAAAGGAGUCCCAAAAACUCCUGGAGAAGGAGAGGCUGGGGGAGUGUGGAAAGGUUGCAGAAGAAGACGACGACAAAGAGGAGAGUGAGGAAGAGCUUAUCUUUACUGAAACUAACAGUGAGGUUUCCGAGGAGGUGUAUACGGAAGAGGACGAGAGGCAGGAUGAGUCCCAGGAGGACGAAGACAGCGACGAAGGGGAAGGAGCAGGUGAAACGGCCGGGGGUCUUAAUGGAACUGUGAAUUACCAGAGUGUCAGUUCUGACAAUUGUCAGCCAAAGACAUUUAAAAGCCAAAUAGAGAACAUAAAUUUGACCAACGGCAACAGUGGAAGGAACACAGAGUCACCGGCUGCCAUUCACCCUUGUGGAAAUCCUACGGUGAUCGAGGACGCUCUGGACAAGAUAAAAAGCAAUGACCCGGACACCACCGAAGUCAAUCUGAACAAUAUCGAGAACAUCACCUCGCAGACCCUUUGCCGCUUUGCUGAAGCCCUCAAGGACAACACGGUGGUGAAGACGUUCAGUCUGGCCAACACGCGGGCUGACGACAGCGCCGCCACGGCCAUCGCGGAAAUGCUCCGGGUCAACCAGCACAUCACCAGCGUCAACGUGGAGACCAACUUCAUCACGGGAAAGGGGGUCCUGGCCAUCAUGCGGGCUCUGCAGCACAACACGGUGCUCACGGAGCUGCGCUUCCACAACCAGAGGCACCUCAUGGGCAGCCAGGUGGAGAUGGAGAUCGUCAAGUUGCUGAAGGACAACAGCACGCUGCUGAGGCUGGGCUACCACUUCGAGCUCCCAGGACCAAGGAUGAGCAUGACGAGCAUUUUGACGAGAAACAUGGAUAAACAGAGGCAGAAGCGGAGGCAGGAGCAAAAGCAGCAAGACGGACACGAUGGAGGCUCCAAUCUGAGGACCAAAGUCUGGCAGAGAGGAACGCCCGGCUCUUCACCCUACGCGUCUCCCAGGCACUCCCCUUGGUCCUCCCCCAAACCCCCCAGGAAAGUCCAGACUGUGAGGAGCCAUCCUCCCUCUCCUGUGCCCACACCCCCGCCGCCUCCCCCUCCCCCCCUGCCCCCCCAGAAUCUGCACCUGCCACAUCCUCCCCCGCCGCCCCCUCCUCCUCCGCUCCCCGAGAAGAAGCUCAUCACCCGCAACAUCGCAGAAGUCAUUAAGCAGCAGGAGACUGCCCAACGGGCUCUCCAGAAUGGACAGAGAAAGAAGAAGGGGAAGAAGGUUAAGAAACAGCCCAACAAUAUCUUAAAAGAAAUAAAAAAUUCUCUGAGGUCAGUGCAAGAGAAGAAAUCAGAAGACAGUUCCCGACCUUCCACCCCGCAGAGAUCAGCUCAUGACAAUCUCAUGGAAGCGAUUCGGGGAAGCAGCAUCAGACAGCUGAGGCGGGUGGAAGUUCCGGAAGCCCUGCGGUAAAAACACGAUUUUUAGAAGAAGAUGCCGAACUGUUCAGUGGUUUUAGAUAAAAUGCAUCAUGAGAUGUUUCCAAAAUACCUUCUUCAAUUUGAAUGAAUUAAUAGCCUCACCUAUUAAUUCCAAAGAAAAUUUUAAGAAACAAGAGCAUGUUUCUUCUGUAAAUAUGAACAUAAACUUCUUUUUCUAUGUUGCGAGAUCUGCAUUGGCAAGAAGCAAUUAAUUGAAGGAUGCUCUUCAUAUCUCUCAAUGUGAUGGUAACUCUGAGCUGUGAUGGGUUAAUGAAAUGUGCUGUUAUUUUUGUAAUUCCUAUGAAUUUGGAUUGAAGUUUUCCCUUUUUUUUUAAGCCAAACUGAUACUUUUCUGUGAGUUGAAUCUAUAUCUUUCAGGUGUAUGUAAUGUUAUUGAAUAUUAAAUAUAUUACAUUCUCACGCA